UCGAAGAAGAGAACUUCAUCUCAGGUCUCAGCUCUGCCCGCGUGGAUAAGCUCCCACCGCUCGUGCUCUGCUCUCCCUCCCAGACACACACACACCCUACACACGCUCUCAGCUUGGCGAUCUUCUGUACUGAGCUCGCGAGGAGGAAAGCCGGUGCCGCAUCGAACUCUCUCGACCAUGGCUGCGCGAGCACUGACCGCCGCCGCCCGCUGGGUGGCCGGCCGGACCAGGACGGCGCCUCUUCUCGCCUCCUGCAGGAACGGAGCCAGCAUGAACCACUCCUCGGCCACGGCCAGCGCGCGGCGGGAGGAGGAGCAGUACAAGGACGUGCGCGCGACGAUGACGGGGGCGCAGGUGGAGGCCGCGCUCAACCGCAAGAACGUCGAGGUGCUCCAGGGCGAGGAUGAGCACGUCGCCACGGUGCUGCCGGACGAGACCAUCGGUGGCGCGCUGGACGGCGGCGAGGACGCGUCGUGGGUGCCCGACCAGGACACGGGCGUCUUCGGCCCCGCCCACGUCGACGCCCACGGCGGCGGCUCGGCUGCCGCUCCACCGCACCUGUUCGGAGGUGCCACGGCGGCCACCACGGAGGGGUCAGCGGCGUCUUCGGCCGGCCAGGACACGGGCGCCUUCGUCCCCGCCGAUGCCGAUGCCGACGCUGACACCCACGGCCGCGGCGCGCAUCCCGCCCCACCGCAGCACCUGUACGGAGGCGUGGGUGGGACGGCGUCGGUGCUGGACCAGGCGGUGUUCGUCCGGGAGGAGGAGAUGGAGGACGUGGAGAGGCCCGCCGCCGUCGACAUGGCCAACGUCAACGCAGACGUCAACGCCAGCAUCAAGAACUACUAGUGCAGCUUACUUAGCUCCAGCAAUCAGUCGGUGCUCGGUAGUUUCAGUAAGCUAGUUACUACUGCCCCUGCCUCCCUAGUGGAGUAGAAAGAAUAAAUCACAGGUGAAGCUAUUCUGUAACGUUCACUUGCUUGCUUACCUAUUUAGAGCAUCUCCAGAGCUGCGU